GGAGGGGCGAGGGGGGGGGCGAGAGGCCCCCGCCCCCCACCCUCCCGCUCGCCAUCUUGUGUCGCGGUGCCCCACGAUGUUGGGCGACUCGGCUCGAGUUUGAUCCUCCGCGGCGGUGCAGAGAAGUUCGCCUCGCAACCCCCGGUGAGCGGCUCUGCGAAGGCGGGCGAGCGGGUUCUGCAGGGCUCCCGAGCCGAGGUGACCAUGGCGGGUUUCGGCUUCGCCGGAGUGCGAGGCCAGGUACCUGGGCCAGGCAACGCCACAGAGUUCAUGAGCGAAGAGCAGCUACAGGAGAAGGCCCGAAAAUGGCAGCAGCUGCAGACGAAGCGCUACUCGGAGAAGCGAAAGUUCGGCUUCGUUGACAUGCAGAAGGAGGACAUGCCUCCGGAGCACGUGCGGAAGAUCAUCCGCGAUCACGGCGACAUGACCAACCGCAAGUUCCGCCACGACAAGCGCGUGUACCUUGGCGCCCUCAAGUACAUGCCGCACGCGGUGCUCAAGCUACUGGAGAACAUGCCCAUGCCGUGGGAGCAGCUACGUGAUGUGUCGGUGCUCUACCACAUCACAGGCGCCAUCUCCUUCAUCAACGAAAUCCCCUGGAUCAUCGAGCCCGUCUACAUCUCACAGUGGGGCACGAUGUGGAUCAUGAUGCGGCGCGAGAAGCGCGAUCGACGGCACUUCAAGCGCAUGCGCUUCCCGCCGUUCGACGACGAGGAGCCGCCGCUGGACUACGCAGAUAACGUGAUGGACGUGGAGCCACUGGAGGCCGUGCAGAUGGAGCUGGACAUGGAGGAGGACUCUGCCGUGAGGGAAUGGUUCUACGACCAUCAGCCACUAAGGGACAGCCGCAAGUUUGUGAAUGGCACCACGUACCGGCGGUGGCAGUUCACACUCCCCAUCAUGUCGACGCUGUACCGGCUCGCCAACCAGCUUCUCACCGAUCUAGUGGACGGAAACUAUUUCUACCUGUUCGACUUGAAGGCAUUCUUCACCUCCAAGGCCCUGAACCUGGCCAUCCCUGGAGGGCCCAAGUUUGAGCCACUUGUGCGUGACGUCAACCUGCAGGACGAGGAUUGGAACGAGUUUAAUGACAUCAACAAGAUCAUCAUUCGGCAACAGGUCCGCACCGAGUACAAGAUCGCGUUCCCCUACCUCUACAACAACCUGCCGCACCACGUGCACCUCACCUGGUACCACACACCUAAUGUGGUGUUCAUCAAGACGGAAGACCCGGACUUGCCCGCCUUCUACUUUGAUCCUCUGAUCAACCCGAUCUCGCACAGGCAUGCCACUAAGAACCUAGACCCCGUGCUGGACGACGAAGAGGACUUUGAGUUGCCGGAUUUUGUGGAGCCGCUGCUGAAGGAGACGCCGCUGUACUCUGACAACACGGCCAACGGCAUCGCGCUGCUGUGGGCCCCGCGCCCCUUCAACCUGCGCUCGGGGCGUAUGCGCCGCGCCGUGGAUGUCCCUCUCGUCAAAACCUGGUACCGAGAGCACUGCCCCGCUGGGCAGCCCGUGAAGGUGAGGGUUUCCUACCAGAAGCUUCUCAAGUACUACGUGCUCAACGCACUCAAGCACAAGCCACCCAAAGCUCAGAAGAAGAGGUACCUCUUCCGCUCGUUCAAGGCGACCAAGUUUUUUCAGUCGACCAAGCUGGACUGGGUGGAGGUGGGACUGCAGGUGUGCAGGCAGGGGUACAACAUGCUCAACCUGCUCAUCCACCGCAAGAACCUCAACUACCUCCAUCUGGACUACAACUUCAACCUCAAGCCCGUCAAGACGCUCACCACCAAGGAGAGAAAGAAGUCUCGUUUUGGCAAUGCGUUCCAUCUGUGCCGUGAGGUCCUGCGUCUCACCAAGCUGAUCGUGGACAGCCACGUGCAGUACCGCCUCGGCAACGUGGACGCCUUCCAGCUGGCGGACGGCCUGCAGUACAUCUUCGCCCACGUGGGCCAGCUCACCGGCAUGUACCGCUACAAGUACAAGCUGAUGCGGCAGAUCCGCAUGUGCAAGGACCUCAAGCACCUCAUCUACUACCGCUUCAACACGGGUCCAGUGGGAAAGGGCCCUGGGUGCGGCUUCUGGGCACCAGGGUGGCGCGUGUGGUUGUUCUUCAUGCGCGGCAUCACCCCGCUGCUGGAGAGGUGGCUGGGAAACCUGCUCGCCCGACAGUUCGAGGGGCGACACUCCAAGGGCGUUGCCAAGACGGUGACGAAACAGCGCGUGGAGUCGCACUUCGACCUGGAGCUGCGCGCCGCGGUCAUGCACGACAUCCUGGACAUGAUGCCUGAGGGCAUCAAACAGAACAAGGCGCGCACCAUCCUGCAGCACCUGGGCGAGGCCUGGCGCUGCUGGAAGGCCAACAUCCCGUGGAAGGUGCCUGGCCUGCCAGCGCCCAUCGAGAGCAUGAUCCUGCGCUACGUGAAGGCCAAGGCAGACUGGUGGACCAACGCGGCGCACUACAACCGUGAGCGCAUCCGUCGCGGCGCCACCGUCGACAAGACCGUCUGCAAGAAGAACCUGGGCCGUCUCACUCGCCUCUACCUCAAGGCCGAGCAGGAGCGGCAGCACAAUUACCUCAAGGAUGGACCGUACAUCACGGCGGAGGAGGCGGUGGCCAUCUACACCACGACGGUGCACUGGCUGGAGAGCCGGCGCUUUUCGCCCAUCCCCUUCCCUCCGCUGUCGUACAAGCACGACACCAAGCUGCUCAUCCUGGCGCUGGAGCGGCUCAAGGAGGCCUACAGCGUGAAGUCGCGUCUGAACCAGUCUCAGCGCGAGGAGUUGGGUCUGAUCGAGCAGGCUUACGACAACCCUCACGAGGCUCUGUCUCGCAUCAAGCGUCACCUGCUCACACAGAGAGCCUUCAAGGAGGUGGGCAUCGAGUUCAUGGACCUGUACUCCCACCUGGUACCCGUGUACGACGUGGAGCCGCUGGAGAAGAUCACGGACGCCUACCUGGACCAGUACCUUUGGUACGAGGCCGACAAGCGCCGCCUCUUCCCGCCCUGGAUCAAGCCGUCCGACUCGGAGCCACCCCCUCUGCUCGUCUACAAGUGGUGCCAGGGCAUCAACAACCUGCAGGAUGUGUGGGACACGGCAGAAGGGGAGUGCAACGUGAUGCUGGAGUCUCGUUUCGAGAAGAUGUACGAGAAGAUCGACCUGACGCUGCUCAACAGGCUGCUGCGCCUUAUCGUGGAUCACAACAUCGCCGAUUACAUGACGGCCAAGAACAACGUCGUCAUCAACUACAAGGACAUGAACCACACGAACUCGUACGGCAUCAUCCGCGGGCUCCAGUUCGCCUCCUUCGUGGUGCAGUACUACGGGCUGGUGCUGGACCUGCUGGUGCUGGGCCUGCACCGCGCCAGCGAGAUGACGGGGCCCCCGCAGAUGCCCAACGAUUUCCUGUCCUUCCAGGACGUGGUCACCGAGUGCGCCCACCCCAUCCGCCUCUUCUGCCGAUACAUCGAGAAGAUCCACAUAUUCUUCCGGUUCACAGCGGAAGAGGCGCGCGACCUGAUCCAGCGCUACCUCACGGAGCACCCCGACCCCAACAACGAAAACAUCGUCGGCUACAACAACAAGAAGUGCUGGCCGCGCGACGCCAGGAUGCGUCUCAUGAAGCAUGACGUCAACCUGGGCCGGGCUGUGUUCUGGGACAUCAAGAACCGACUGCCACGCUCCGUCACCACGGUGCUGUGGGAGAACAGCUUCGUGUCGGUGUACAGCAAGGACAACCCCAACCUGCUGUUCAACAUGUGCGGCUUCGAGUGCCGCAUCCUGCCCAAGUGCCGAACCUCCUACGAGGAGUUUACUCACCGCGACGGCGUCUGGAACCUGCAGAAUGAGAUCACAAAGGAGCGCACGGCACAGUGCUUCCUGCGCGUCGACGACGAGUCGAUGCAACGGUUCCACAACCGCGUACGCCAGAUCCUCAUGGCUUCCGGCUCCACCACCUUCACCAAGAUCGUGAACAAGUGGAACACAGCCCUGAUCGGGCUGAUGACAUACUUCCGCGAAGCGGUGGUCAACACGCAGGAGCUGCUGGACCUGCUCGUCAAGUGCGAGAACAAGAUCCAGACGCGCAUCAAGAUCGGCCUCAACUCCAAGAUGCCCAGUCGCUUCCCGCCUGUCGUCUUCUACACGCCCAAGGAGCUGGGAGGCCUGGGCAUGCUCUCCAUGGGGCACGUGCUCAUCCCGCAGUCUGAUUUGAGGUGGUCGAAGCAGACGGAUGUGGGCAUCACCCAUUUCCGCUCGGGCAUGAGUCACGAGGAGGACCAACUGAUCCCCAACUUGUACCGCUACAUCCAGCCGUGGGAAAGCGAGUUCAUCGACUCGCAGCGCGUGUGGGCCGAGUAUGCCCUCAAGCGGCAGGAGGCCAUGGCGCAGAACAGGCGUCUGACGCUGGAAGAUUUGGAGGACUCAUGGGACCGCGGCAUCCCGCGCAUCAACACACUCUUCCAGAAGGACCGGCACACGCUCGCCUAUGACAAGGGCUGGAGGGUGCGCACAGACUUCAAGCAGUACCAGGUGCUGAAGCAGAACCCGUUCUGGUGGACGCACCAGCGGCACGACGGCAAGCUCUGGAACCUCAACAACUACCGCACGGACAUGAUCCAAGCCCUGGGCGGUGUGGAGGGCAUUCUGGAGCACACGCUCUUCAAGGGGACAUACUUCCCCACCUGGGAGGGUCUCUUCUGGGAGAAGGCGAGCGGCUUUGAGGAGUCGAUGAAGUACAAGAAGCUGACCAACGCCCAGCGCUCCGGUCUCAACCAGAUCCCCAACCGACGCUUCACCCUCUGGUGGUCGCCCACCAUCAACCGAGCCAACGUGUACGUGGGCUUCCAGGUGCAGCUUGACCUGACCGGCAUCUUCAUGCACGGCAAGAUUCCCACGCUCAAGAUCUCGCUCAUCCAGAUUUUCCGCGCCCAUUUGUGGCAGAAGAUCCACGAGAGCGUGGUGAUGGACCUCUGUCAGGUGUUCGACCAGGAGCUGGACGCGCUGGAGAUAGAGACGGUGCAGAAGGAGACGAUCCACCCGCGCAAGUCCUACAAGAUGAACUCGUCGUGCGCCGACAUCCUGCUGUUCGCCGCCUACAAGUGGAACGUGUCCCGGCCCUCGCUGCUCGCCGACUCCAAGGACGUGAUGGACAGCUCGACCACUCAGAAGUACUGGCUGGACAUACAGCUGCGCUGGGGCGAUUAUGACUCUCACGACAUUGAGCGCUACGCACGCGCCAAGUUCCUGGACUACACCACGGACAACAUGAGUAUCUACCCGUCCCCCACCGGCCUGCUCAUUGCCAUAGACUUGGCCUACAACCUGCACAGUGGCUACGGCAACUGGUUCCCGGGCAGCAAGCCGCUCAUCCAGCAGGCGAUGGCCAAGAUCAUGAAGGCGAACCCGGCCCUCUACGUGCUGCGCGAGCGCAUCCGCAAGGGCCUGCAGCUGUACUCGUCCGAGCCCACCGAGCCGUACCUCUCCUCGCAGAACUACGGGGAGCUCUUCUCCAACCAGAUCAUCUGGUUCGUGGAUGACACCAACGUCUACAGAGUCACCAUCCACAAGACGUUCGAGGGUAAUUUGACCACGAAGCCCAUCAACGGAGCCAUCUUCAUCUUCAACCCGAGAACCGGACAGCUCUUCCUCAAGAUCAUCCACACGUCCGUGUGGGCCGGACAGAAGCGUCUCGGUCAGCUGGCCAAGUGGAAGACGGCCGAGGAGGUGGCUGCGUUGAUUCGUUCACUGCCCGUGGAGGAGCAGCCGAAGCAGAUUAUCGUGACGCGCAAGGGCAUGCUGGACCCGCUCGAGGUGCAUCUCCUCGACUUCCCCAACAUCGUCAUCAAGGGCUCCGAGCUGCAGCUGCCCUUCCAGGCCUGCCUCAAGGUGGAGAAGUUUGGUGACCUCAUCCUGAAGGCCACCGAGCCUCAGAUGGUUCUGUUCAACCUCUACGACGACUGGCUGAAGACCAUCUCGUCGUACACGGCGUUCUCCCGUCUCAUCCUGAUCCUGCGCGCGCUGCACGUCAACAACGACCGCACCAAGGUGAUCCUGAAGCCGGACAAGACUACGGUCACCGAGCCGCACCACAUCUGGCCCACGCUCACCGACGAGGAGUGGAUCAAGGUGGAGGUGGCCCUCAAGGACCUCAUCCUUGCCGACUACGGAAAGAAAAACAACGUGAACGUGGCGUCACUCACACAGUCGGAGAUCCGUGACAUCAUCUUGGGCAUGGAGAUCUCGGCGCCGUCUCAGCAGCGGCAGCAGAUCGCCGAGAUCGAGAAGCAGACGAAGGAGCAGUCGCAGCUCACGGCCACGCAGACGCGCACCGUCAACAAGCACGGCGACGAGAUCAUCACGUCCACCACGAGCAACUACGAGACGCAGACCUUCGCCUCCAAGACCGAGUGGCGUGUCCGCGCCAUCUCCGCCACGAACUUGCACCUCCGCACGAACCACAUCUACGUGUCGUCGGAUGACAUCAAGGAGACCGGCUUCACCUACAUCCUGCCCAAGAACGUCCUCAAGAAGUUCAUCUGCAUCUCGGACCUGCGCGCCCAGAUCGCUGGAUACCUGUACGGGACGAGCCCUCCCGACAAUCCGCAGGUCAAGGAGAUCCGCUGCAUCGUCAUGGUGCCGCAGUGGGGCACUCACCAGACCGUGCACCUGCCCAACCAGCUCCCACAGCACGAGUACCUCAAGGAGAUGGAGCCCCUGGGUUGGAUCCACACUCAGCCCAACGAGUCGCCACAGCUCUCACCGCAGGACAUCACCACGCACGCUAAGAUCAUGGCCGACAAUCCCUCGUGGGACGGCGAGAAGACCAUUGUCAUCACGUGCAGCUUCACGCCGGGCUCCUGCAGCCUCACGGCGUACAAGCUGACGCCCAGCGGCUACGAGUGGGGCCGCUCCAACACGGACAAGGGGAACAACCCCAAGGGGUACCUCCCCUCGCACUACGAGCGCGUGCAGAUGCUGUUGUCCGACCGCUUUCUCGCAUUCUUCAUGGUACCGUCGCAAGGCUCCUGGAACUACAACUUCAUGGGCGUGCGUCACGAUGCAAACAUGAAGUAUGACCUGCAGUUGGCGAACCCGCGCGAGUUCUACCACGAAGUGCACCGUCCCUCCCACUUCCUCAACUUCGCCUCCAUCCAGGACGGAGAGACAUUCAACGCCGACCGCGAGGACGCCUACGCCUAGUUGGGGGGUGGUGGGCCCCUUCUUACCCCCCCAGUUAGCCCAGCCACCUGAAGAGGCGACCGCUUCGUGAAUUGCUCGGCCAGGUUUUGGCGGUCCGUUUUACUGCAUGGGUUGGCCCCGAUGGCUGACAGGGGACGCCACAUGUGUGAUCGUUACAAAAUCGGGAUGUACAUAACCAUCACGCGCCGCGCGCUAAGUCCACACAGCAAUGAGGUGUGGUGCUAUACUUAGAUUAGAUGUGUUUUGUUAUUUCGUUGCAUUGUUUUUGUUCUCUGAUCAGCCGUGACUUUUCCAAGAUCGUAGAGCGGAAGUUAAUUGAACUCUGCUUUGGCUCGAGUGGAGUGGUAUUAUUUUUACCUAAGGUUGGCGUAUAGACGUAUGUUUUAAGAUGUGAGUAGUUCCCGGUGGCUUAUUAAAGCGCAAUGUGUAUUUUCUUCACACAAUGACCAAUAAAAUUAUGAUAAUGAA